AUGGCAGUUGCUAUUCAAUCAGCCCCUAUCAGCCUCGAGGCUAUGUCUGACAACAUCGACGCUGUCAACAUCCACAAGACGGAUCUGAAGCAAGACAAAGGUCUCUAUGAAGAAUCCGAAUUCGACAAAGCCAAAGAUAAACAAGGGUUCCGUCAGUUCGAGGAUGCUUGUGAUCAAGUGAAGAAUUUCUAUGCCCAGCAGCACACUCUCCAAACUGUGGCAUACAACCUGAAAGCACGCAACGAUUUCAAGAACAAGACUCGUGCCCAUAUGACAGUCUGGGAAGCAAUGGAAAAGUUGAACACCUUCAUCGACGAAUGUGAUCCCGAUACCUCUGAGUCUCAGAUGACGCACCUGCUGCAAUCUGCCGAGGCGAUUCGCAACGAAGGAAAGCCCCGAUGGAUGCAGCUUGUGGGGUUGAUUCACGAUCUUGGAAAGCUGCUGUUCUUCUUCGGGGCUAAAGGACAAUGGGACGUUGUUGGCGACACCUUCGCGGUCGGUUGCGCCUUUGAUGACAGGAUCAUUUUCGGCAACAAGUCGUUCAAAGACAAUGAGGACUAUAACAACGAGGUGUAUAGCUCCAAAUAUGGAAUUUACUCUCCUGGUUGUGGAUUGGAGAAUGUCAUGAUCUGCUGGGGCCACGAUGAAUAUCUUUAUCACAUCGUGAAGGAUCAAUCUACAAUCCCGGAAGAAGGCCUGGCAAUGAUCCGCUACCACUCUUUCUACCCCUGGCACCGAGAGGGAGCCUAUCGUGAGUUCAUGAAUGAGCAUGACCACAAGAUGUUGGAAGCGGUCAAGGCAUUCAACCCGUACGACUUGUACAGCAAGAGUGAUGAGCUCCCUGACCCUGAGAAGUUGAAGCCUUACUAUACGGAGCUGAUCGACGAGUUCUUCCCCACCAAAGUCAUCAGAUGGUAG